AUCUUGCGGUAGAAGGGGCGGCUCUGGAAGAGAAGAGGGGUGGGGCAGGGAGAUGUCUCAAGGAGUUGCCUCUGACUUUGACCUGAUGAAUGCAUUGGAUUGGAGUGACGGCAUUGCUACCCUUCCUGGGAGUCACAUCCAGUUCCGUCUUAGUGAGUUUGGGACCCUGGAUAUAAUCACAGGCUCUGACCUUGCUCCUCCCACCUCCAGUGCUUCUGCAGCAGGGCAAACCACUUCUAAUUCCAACCUUCCUGCUGCGACCCAAGGAGAUAAAAUAACUGGCAAAAGUAAAGAACAAGAGAUGGAGAAACGGGAAACAACAACAGAGAUUGAUGUUACUUCAGUGAUACCUCCUGUAGAAGAACAAACAGCCCCUCAGACACGGCCUCCACCAUCCGCAGUUUCUGCACCUUCUGUGGACAACGAGCGUCCACAGCGGCUGCGUAGGAAAAGGAAAUUACUCCUGGAAUCUGAGGAGGACGAGGAUGGAAUGGAAAAGGAGGAAGAUAAAAAUAGGGGGAGUCUGAAGAGUCGAAAACCAAAACAAACAAAAGCAGCACCACAAUCAAAGAAAAAAACAUGGAACUGGGUCUCCUACCUUGAAGAGGAGAAGACACCAGCUGCUCCACUGAAGUGCUUCAAAGAGCACCAGAACUUUCCUCAAUCUUCAAACAAUUUUAAGGUGGGAAUGAAGAUGGAGGGUAUAGAUCCUGAACAUCCAUCUUUGUACUGUGUACUUACUGUGGUGGAGGUUCAAGGUUAUCGGAUUCGUCUCCAUUUUGAUGGGUAUCCUGACUGCUAUGAUUUUUGGGUUAAUGCUGAUUCACUUGAUAUCCACCCCGUGGGGUGGUGUGAAAAAACAGGACACAAACUAAUGCCUCCCAAAGGUUACAGAAAUGGUGAAUUUAAUUGGUCUUUAUACCUCAAACACUGUAAGGCUCAGACAGCUCCAAAAACACUGUUUAAAAGCUAUAACACGCCAGGGACACCCACUGGUUUCCGGGUUGGUAUGAAGUUAGAAGCUGUAGAUCGUAAAAAUCCAACCUUGCUGUGUGUAGCCACCAUCUCUGAUACUGUGGAGAACAGACUUCUCAUUCAUUUUGAUAGUUGGGAUCACAGCUAUGAUUACUGGUGUGAUGCUAGUAGUCCAUAUAUCCGACCGGUUGGCUACUGUCAGGAAUCUGGAAUCGCUUUGACCCCUCCUCCGGAAUAUAAAGAGCCAAAAGCUUUCUCCUGGGAAAGUUAUCUAGAGAAGACUGGAGCCCAGGCAGCCCCGGCAAGGGCCUUCAAACUGCGUCCUCCACAUGGAUUCCAACCAAACAUGAAACUGGAAGCUGUGGACCGGAGGAAUCCCAUGCUAAUAAGGGUUUGUAGCAUUGUCGAGCAAGAGGAGAACCGCAUUAAGCUUCAUUUUGAUGGCUGGAGCUCUCUAUAUGAUUUCUGGGUGGAUGCAGAUAGCCCGGAUAUUCACCCUGUAGGAUGGUGUGGAAAAACUGGACACCCCCUCCAGCUGCCCGCAGGUGCAACAGAUACAAUGCCAGUGGCAGGACAAGGCUGUCCCAUUGCUGGCUGCAAUGGAAUUGGGCAUGUAAGGGGACCAAGAUAUGGAACACAUUAUACUGCUGUUGGAUGUCCAUACUCAGAGGUAAAUCUUAACAGAGAAAAUUUACUGCAAGAUCGUCUUAAUGGAGAGCGACUGCCACAAAUCCACAUUACUUCUCGGUCCCGCAGACCAGGAACUCCAAAUACAAUUUUGGACCCUCCUCCUGACUCUCCCCUAUCUAGCAGGAAGUCUCCACCACCUAUAGAUGAAUGUUGGAGAAGUAAUCCAUGGGUAAAGUCAGAGUGGAUAGAGGAAGAAAUGGACAAUAAACUGCCACCUAAGAGGAGUGCUCAUACAUACAUUCGCCUGCAACUAGUGAAACAGGAGAUGGACGGAACAGACUCAGAACUGAGUUUAGAACAAGCUCUUCACCAGUCUGUAUUCAUGACGUCCUUGUCCUCAGACCCUGGUCACCGAAUACACCUGUGCUGGGAGCAGCAGUGCCGUCUACUUCCUGAAGUGUCCUCAUACACUGCUCAGACUGUUAGCAAAUGGAAUUCAGAGGAGGUGGCUAAAUUUGUGCACCAGCUUCCUGGUUGUAAUGAACAAGCCUCAAUCUUCAGAGAAGAGCAGAUAGACGGGGAGGCUUUUCUAUUGUUGACUCAGGGUGACCUUGUGAAGAUACUUGGCAUAAAACUCGGACCAGCCUUAAAAAUCUACAACUCAAUUCUCAUGUUCCAUAAUUUGGUCCAGGACUGAGUGGUAGAGCAACCUUGGAACAAAAGAAUGGAUGAAGAUGUGGACAAGAGAAAGUGUUGAGUGUUGCUGCUAUGUAUGCAUGAUGGAGAUGAGUGUAAGAGGCAUCUGGGAAGUGUGAGUGAAGUGGUGUUUUUUUUUUUUGUUUUUUUUUUUGUUUUUUUAUAUAUCAUAAGCAGACUGUGAAAAUCAGAAUCAUGUACAAACAGAAAUGUGCAAAUAAACGUGGACCCUGAAGGGAUUAACUGUAUAAAUGUAUGAUAACACUACUCCAGUGAUUCCUUGUUUUCUUUAUUACCAAGGGUGCUGUUCUUGGAGCAGUAUAUCUGGAAGAAAAACAUGCAUUUCUGGUUUUGUUACUGGAAAAAUAAAUUAUUUUCUGCUCA